GGGUGGCGUAAAGGGUAGGGGGACGGAUGACGUCAUAGUUGAGGGUUGCCCGGGCAACGGGGAAGCGGUUCGCCGCCGCGUCGGGACACCGUCGUGCGUCGCCACCGCCGCCGCGACGUAAAAAUCAAUUUGGACCUUGGCUAGGUGACCGUUCGCUCGGCGCUGCGUCGCGGCUGCUCCGGCGGCUCGAGGCUCGAGAGCAGCACGCUUCCCUUCCGGAGCUGCCGGCUCUACCUCGCCAUCGAGUACGAGCGAGCAAGCGAGCGAACGAGCGAACGAGCGAACAAACGAGCAAGCUAGUUAGCUAACGACCGACCGAACGACCGACCGACCAACCUACCUACCGACCGACCGACCGACCGACCGACCGACUGAGCAACCGACCAACCGAUCGACCGCCUGACCGAUACCGCACCGCGAGCUGUAGCUCAGUCGCGAGUCGUCAACCGAGCGGGUACGCCAGACGGUAGAGAACGCGUCUGCCAGCGAGCGUGUUCGCUGACGCGCACACCUACACUCGUCGCACGCGACCGACCGGCCACAUUCUCUCUCCGGUCUCCUAUCUCCACCGUGUCCGAUCGUACCUGACGCCUAUUCGUUCACGCGAACAAUGAUCCACGAGAAGGAGAUUCGCGUCUCGCUGUGUUGACAAAUCAUCAUCGUGGUCGCUGUCUGUUUUCGACGUUUUCCCUGUGGAUCGCGUGCACGCUGCACGAAGCCGAUCGAACGAUAGUUUUGUGCACGGGGACGAUGAAAAGACACGAGUGGAUAACACGAAUCACAUCGAAGAAGUUUGAACAGUUAUCCAGCGAGGAACAUUUGUAAACAAAGGGAAGAGAAGUUCCGGCCGGUUCGAACGAGGAGGGUCGGGGAAGCACCGGCUUCCUGAUCUUCCUCCCAACCUAAACUGUUGUGUGACGUUUUAUUCUUACCGGUGUCUUCGAAAAGCGAAGUGACAACGAGUCAAAGAUUCGGCGCAGUUAGCGUUUUUUUUUUUUUUUCUGAGGAAAGAGACGACGAGUGGUUUACUAACGAAGCGAGAUACUCUCCGGAGGUUUCUUAACCGAACAAGCGAGGGAUGAACGAGCAGCGCGAAAGAGACAAACGGAGCAUCGAGAUCGCAAUGAAAAUCAUGGCUGCUGAAGCAGCCAGAGUGGUUACGGUUUCACGUUGAAUCAGUAGGCUGUGUGCUCUGUAGAAUUGUGGUGUCACGAGGAAGGAGCCCACGGUGUGACGCAUGCGACGUGCCGUCUAUCGCGAGAGCUGUGCGUCGCGGAAAAACAUCUGCGCGACCGGUGAAGCUUUUACUCGUGUGCCUCCCCGCUCUGACGUAUUACGACGUCGACGAAUGGAACCAGCGUGGUUCUUGCCUACUGUGUGAUCCACAACGGGCCUCGAGCAAGUAAAAAAAGCUUGCGCGUGCCGAGAACGAACAGGCUGUAUCAACACAGCUACGCAAUGAAUGUUUCGCGGACGAUGCACGAAAAUCGCUCGAGACCAGUAGUUGAGAGCUUUCGGUCGCGAUCGAACGUUCGUCGUUGAAGAAUUUCUUUUCUUCGUUUGGUGUUUGAAUUCAUUCCUUUCUGUAACAUUCUUACCGACGACGCUUUGACCUGGAGAACGCGUCUCUUAAAAUAUUGAUAGCAACAUAUUCGUAGAGAGAGAGAGAGAGAGAGAGAGAGAGAGAGAAAGAGAGAGAGGAAAACAAAGUAUUCUGUUCUCGUGGAAAGAUAAACAGUUCCACAGAAAGAUAAAAAGCAGAUGACCCAGUCGAUUCAGGGAAACUAAUUGACAACUGAAGAGGAAAAGAGAAAUAGAGAGCACGCGAUAGGUGGCCAGUUUGUACUUAGUAGGCUAUCGCGUCGAUUACGCUCGACGAAACAACACGUCCGGCACGUGGUGGACUCGAAAAGUUGCCGUGAAUUAAUUAAAAUAUCAGGCGCCGUGGGUCGCCGCGUGGUUUGAAACGAAAAUGUUGCUGGGUAUGUGGCCGGGCUUUGAUUGGAAGUAUCGCGCGUGAAUGGAAGCGAAGAAAGAGUUGCUCCGUUUUGCGCAGCACUCGCGGUGCUUCGACAAUGUAGCAGAGCGUCGUUUCGAUGAUUCUCGAGGAUAUUCUGGUGCAAGAGUCGGUUUCAUAUAGUUCAUCUCAGACGUGGCAACUAUAGGGCGAAGAGACGGCGAAGAAACAGGUGGAAGAUCUUGUGCUCGAUACACCGAUCUCGAAGGGAGAAAGAGGGAAACACACCGAGAAGCGAGCACGAAACGGAAACUCUCGGUAUCGAUGAUGGUGGAAGGCAAGUUGCCAGGAGAUUCGUUGUCGUGGUGCUCGCGUUUCUCUGGUACGAGCUGCUCUUGCUAAUAUCGCGAGUUGUGUGGCAAGUGAACGAAAAACAGCAAAGGAAUGCCGAGGUACGAUGACGGACUUGGUGCACGAUCUUAGGAUCGCGGUGUCGUUGUCGACGUCGUCGUCGUCGUCGUCGGCGUCGACACGUAUUUGGUGGGAACGCUGCCUGUGCUGUACGAUCAGCUAAUACAGAUAGAUAGAUCGUUCGAAUGGCGACAGGCCUCGAGAACGACCGGCUCCGUUAGGAGAUUGUCGAGGAUUUUUGAACUCGAACGACUCGUGAAUUCCUUCUUUCAUCAAUUCCGUUCGAGAAAGAGAGCCAUUAGAUAUUUCCUCGAUUCAUGCAAUCGAGUUUUGGGCGAGUUAUUUCUUCAAACACGCAGGAAAGUGGAAUUUGCGAAGAAGACGCGAAGAACGUGAGCCACGAGAAACACGGGAAGGUGAUAGCCGAGAUAACCGAGCAAAACACCAACAAUCGAUGCGCCAACAAACGUAAAUACGAAAUACGAAAAAUGACAGCGGUGUUUAUCUAUGCGUUCCGCGAACUGUAAAUAACUGUGAUCUAGGAGUAGAGUCGUUCAGUUAAUGACCGAUUAUCGAACAGGACUCGAGAACGAGACUCAAGAAUAUUGAGGGAAACGGGAAAGAAAUCAAAGCAUUAAAUAGAAAUAAUAAUCCCUUUUUUGGGGGAUAGUAGUAACACCGAAUAAAGAAAGAUAAUAAUAGUCCCUGCAUGGGGAUAGUAAUAAUUGAAUAAACAGACCGAGAUAAUAAUAAUAAUCCCUGGUAUAGGGAUAGUAAUAAACUGAAUAAAAAGAAAAAAAAAACAAGAUAAUAAUAAUAAUCCCUGUGUUGGGGAUAGUAAUAGCGCUGAAUACAAAGUAAAAGAGAAAAGAAACAAGAUAAAAGAGGGAAAGAAAGGUGGAACAAUUUAGCGACAAGAGAAAGCUAUUCCACCAUCGAGCAUGGCCUCGGUGGCAGCAUGGCUGCCAUUCGCCCGUGCAGCGGCGAUUGGUUGGGUGCCGAUCGCGACACAUCCACUGCCACCGCCGCCGAUUCCGAAGGAUCGUCGCAAGGCCGACGACGAGAAGCUGCUAAUAAACGUGAGCGGCCGUCGCUUCGAAACUUGGCGGAACACCCUCGAGAAGUAUCCAGACACUCUUCUCGGCUCAAACGAGCGCGAGUUCUUUUACGACGAGGAGAGCAAAGAGUACUUCUUCGACCGUGAUCCAGACAUUUUCCGUCACAUUCUCAACUACUACAGAACCGGUAAGCUUCACUAUCCGAAGCACGAAUGCCUGACGAGCUACGACGAGGAGUUGGCGUUCUUCGGCAUACUUCCGGACGUGAUCGGCGACUGUUGCUACGAAGACUAUCGCGAUCGGAAACGGGAGAACGCGGAACGUUUGAUGGACGACAAGCUGAGCGAGAAUGGCGAUCAGAAUCUUCAGCAGCUGCUGGACAUCAGGCAGAAGAUGUGGAGGGCAUUCCAGAAUCCACACAUCUCGACGGCGGCUUUGGUGUUCUACUACGUAACCGGUUUCUUCAUCGCCGUGAGCGUGCUGGCGAACGUGGUCGAGACCGUGCCGUGCGGUAAUCGUCCGGGACGCGCCGGUACGCUUUCAUGCGGCGAACGUUACAAGAUCGUCUUCUUCUGCCUGGACACUGCGUGCGUCAUGAUAUUCACCGCGGAGUAUCUAUUGAGGCUGUUCGCGGCGCCGAGCCGGUGUAAGUUCGCGCGAUCCGUCAUGUCCAUCAUCGACGUGGUCGCCAUACUCCCGUACUACAUUGGUCUCGGUAUCACCGACAACGACGACGUAUCCGGUGCUUUCGUUACGCUGCGCGUCUUCCGUGUGUUCCGGAUCUUCAAGUUCUCCAGACACUCGCAAGGUCUCAGGAUCCUCGGUUACACCCUGAAGUCCUGCGCGUCAGAACUCGGUUUCCUCGUCUUCUCCUUGGCAAUGGCCAUCAUCAUAUUCGCCACGGUGAUGUUCUACGCAGAGAAGAACGUCGACGGGACGAACUUCACCUCGAUUCCUGCCGCAUUCUGGUACACCAUCGUUACGAUGACUACCUUAGGGUACGGUGACAUGGUUCCGAAAACGAUCGCGGGAAAAAUCGUGGGGGGUGUAUGCUCUCUCAGCGGUGUCCUUGUGAUCGCUUUACCGGUGCCUGUUAUCGUCAGUAAUUUCAGCCGAAUAUAUCACCAGAAUCAACGGGCUGACAAGCGAAAGGCGCAAAGGGUGAGUGUGACGUUUCUUUUUCUUUUUCCUUUUUAA